AUGGCUUCCGAUAUUGUGCAACAUCCUUCCCAAGGCUCCAAUAACCUGCCACAGAACUCACAACCGCGAUCACGAACCCGUCAAAGCACAGCCGAACACACGCGGUCAUAUUCUACCACAACUGCUUCCCGGAUUAGUCGGCCAUCGAGAUCGCGUGGUUCGACCGCGAGCAUCCAUUCCAACACAGCCCAAUAUAAUCCAGAUCAACAUGUCACGGAGGGAUAUCAGUCGUAUAUUCACCCAGAGCCUGGCCCAAGCCAACAUAUAUACCAUUCAAACCCCGAGGAGAUGAUUCUCCGCUUUGGUGACCAGCUGGCCAAUUCGAAUUCUGGUAUUGUUAUUGACCCUGCGCUGCAAGAACACCCAAACAAUGUCGCCGGACCCGGAGCUGACAGACCCUUUCAAGGCAAUGAGCUUCAUACUCACAAUCUGCCAAUUCAUGGACUACCAAUCGAGUUACCCCCCAACGGUAAUCCAAGCGAUGUUCCACCUGGCAACUAUACCCAACUGUAUGACAGUGUAGAUCCCCAGCUCCCAGACCACUUGUUGGGCGAGAACGAAGGCUCUGAAGCAGGACCUCGGAAACGAAGAGGCACAACCACGGCGAUAGCCAAUGAUAAUGAACUACGUCGUCUACUGCGUCAAUAUGAUGGAUAUUCCUUACACGAAAUGGCUGCUGAAGUUCAGAGACAUGAUGGCACUGGUGGGAAGUCGGAGAAGGUUAAGCAGGUUUUCGCGAUGAUAUGUUUUGGAUCAGUUCGACGGGACCGCGUUUAUUGCUCCUAUGCGGAAAAGUGUGGAACUGAGAGAGUUUCCGUUUUAAACCCAGCCUCCUUUGGCAAGCUUGUCCGCAUUAUAUUUCCAAAUGUCCAAACUCGACGUCUUGGGGUUCGCGGCGAGUCCAAAUACCAUUAUGUCGAUUUGACCAUUCGAGAACCUAAUCCAAACACACCAACGGAAAUUCCAGAGAAAAAUGCGGAAGCUACUCCGUCUCGUCAAAAGAUGGCUGAUAAAUCCCAAGAAAAUACCUCGCAACAACAGAACACCACCAGUACUGAUUUCACCUCAUCAAGAAAAAUUACUUCUCCCACACCCGAUGUCCUUCAGCCUUCGCCGACUGAUCAUUUGUGCGACCAUUUGCAGCCAUCAGAAUUGAAUAUUAUGGAAACGGUAGAAACACCUCUUAUCGAGACCCAGCAACUGAUGAAUCAACUGCUGCAAUUCAGCCGUCCUAAUGAAAGCCCACCAAUCGACAAUGAUUCCCUUCAACUUCCCAGCAUUCAUGGUUAUCUGCCAGCGAACACCGACAGCGAAAGCGCCGAUGCACUUGCAGCUCUAUACCGUUCACAUUGUAUAUCAGUCAUCGACAGCUUCCGAUAUUGCAAAGAGAAAAACCUCUUCCGCCAUUUCGCUUCUUUCCAAGGCACCCUUACCGUUCCGGUCCAUAAGCUCUUCAAUCAUCCGAACGUUGCACCGUGGAUUAAAGAAUGCGAUUGGCUGAUGUAUCAAAAGAUGAUUGCUUUUGUGGCUCCUUUAACCACUCAGGUUGUGCCAGAUCCUGUGCUGAAUGCAUUCGGGUCGAUUUCUCGAGGCCUAGUCUCCCAUGUCAAGGAAACUUUGAAAUCCCAUCCAGACCAUGUGUGCCGGGCUAGACUUAGCCCUGCGCGGAUAUUUUGUCGCCUUCUGAAGCGCAUGUUAGACGUUAAUCAGUCUGCAAUUGCUGCUUCUGCCUGGCUUUGUCAUGCUGAAAAUCGAACGAAAAUGUGGGAAGACUUCGUUUCGUACAUAGAACCGAUGGACAUUGUUGCCAUGGCAAAAGUUCCAAAUUGCUCUGUUGGAGGGGUCUUGGAUAUCAUGAAACAUCAAAUACCUCAGGAUACGCCCCCAUUCCCCGACCGAUGGAUCGCCUUCAUCUUAAACCUCCCUUUCUUGUUUCCCAAUCACAAGGCCCAGUGCAUAAUCGACAGCGCAGAUGCAAUUUGGACUCGGUUGCUCCAUCGACUCACCCUUGGGGGCGCUCAGAGCUUUAGUGCGUGGUGGAUGACAAAGGUGUUCUUUUCGGAAAUGAUGUUGUGGCAAGCCGAAAAAGGAGGAUUCAUGGGUUGCACCGCUAAAUCGUUCGAGGAAUCGUCGCUUUCCCGAGAUCUUAUCCAAGGGGUAGUUGAACCACGUCCGGUACAAUCAGCUUCAGCUAAUUCUGACACAAAUUGGUCGCAGAACUCUAGGCCGCGGGCAUCGCGGUCCCAAUUGCAACCGCAACUUCCCAAUAUAAUGCCAAUAGUCCAAGCUUCUCCAACUGCAAACCUCUCAACCAGCGACAUUAGCGCUUCGAUAUCAAAAAUUUCUGGCAACGACAAGACAAUUGCUGCUACGAAUGGCAGUGUAUCGCCAAGUAAUCGAAAUUUGACCCAUGAUGAUAGUGCCAUCGACCUCGAAGAUGACUCUGCACUUCUCAACGCUAACAAAUACGGAGAUAUGAUGGCGUCUGACCCUGCUGAUGCAGAAGGUCAGGUUGUUGUUGUAUAG